CGCGGGCAGCCCCAGGUGUCCGCUUGCGGUAGGGAAAUGAGAUCCGAAACGAGAACCGGGGAAGCCGUUCACCUUCGCGGUCCCCAGCCAGCUCGUGUGUCUGCGAUCGGAUGAACCGUGACGUUAGAGAGACAGGUUAUCUUACAGCUCCGUUCGUUUUAGGAGAACGGGUUGCAUUUUAACUAACAGGGUACAAACAGGCGGUUAAAAAUUGGGUCACCCGAGGCAGCCAGCUGUGGGUUGUCAUCCCCGAUCGUGUUGCCAUGGCUGAGGGGGCGAGUCUGGGAAGACUCGGGUCCCUCCUACCAGGGGCGCCGCUCUGUUCCAGGUCCUCGGCCGAGACCCGUCGCCGGUUGCGGGCCCCAGUGCAGCCUGUUCGUGCCGGUGUUGUGUAAGCCACGUUUUCCAACUAUGUGAAGAUCCGCUUUAAGAUUUACUCCCCUGCAAUGGAGAAGUAUGAAAAGAUUGGGAAAAUUGGAGAAGGAUCUUAUGGAGUUGUUUUCAAAUGCAGAAACAGGGACACAGGUCAGAUGGUGGCCAUCAAGAGGUUUCUGGAAUCAGAAGAUGACCCUGUCAUAAAGAAAAUCGCCCUUCGAGAAAUCCGCAUGCUCAAGAAGCUCAAAUCUUGGAGGGGGGAUAAGUUGUCCCAGAAACAAGACAUUAGCCAGGGCUCUCAGCAUUUGGAGGAAAUGUGGGAUCAAGGCAGCUUCCCUUUACCAAAAGAGAGUGUUACAGAAGAAUUCCUCAGCAACACCCAGAGGGGGUUCAGGACAUGCUGUUUCCUCAGCCUGCGAUGCCCUACCUUCCCUAUUCUGCCUAGAAAACUCCUGCUGUCCUUCAGGGUACCAGAACAUCUCGUGAAGAAAAUAACUUGGCAGACAUUGCAAGCUGUAAAUUUUUGCCAUGAACACAAUUGCAUUCAUAGAGAUGUGAAGCCAGAAAAUAUCCUCAUUACAAAACAUUCAGUAAUUAAGCUUUGUGACUUUGGAUUUGCUCGGCUCUUGACUGGACCGAGUGAUUACUACACAGACUAUGUGGCUACCAGGUGGUACCGCUCCCCUGAACUGUUGGUGGGAGACACGCAGUACGGCCCCCCAGUAGAUGUCUGGGCAAUUGGCUGUGUCUUUGCUGAGCUGCUGUCAGGAUUGCCUCUGUGGCCGGGAAAAUCAGAUGUGGAUCAGCUCUAUCUGAUUAGGAAAACUUUGGGAGAUCUCAUUCCUAGGCAUCAGCAAGUAUUUAGCACGAAUCAGUACUUCAGUGGGGUGAAAAUUCCAGACCCUGAAGAUAUGGAACCACUUGAAUUAAAAUUUCCAAACAUCUCUUAUCCUGCCCUGGGGAUCUUAAAGGGCUGCCUCCACAUGGACCCUGCUGAAAGACUGACAUGUGAACAGCUAUUGCAGCAUCCAUAUUUUGAUGGCAUCAGAGCAAUAGGGGAUUUGGCAAAAGAACAUGACAAACCAACAAGGAAAAGACAGAGCCGAAAGCACCUGCCCGGGUUGCAGUACCUACCUCAGCUAACUAGCAGCAGCAUCCUUCCAGCGUUGGAUAAUAAGAAGUACUUCUGUAAUACCAAGAAACCUAACUACCGUUUUCCAAACAUUUAAUGAGUUAGAUUGAUGAUAAAGGAGGAAUCAAUCAAUAAUUUAAAAAAAAUAAAACUUAUACACUUGAUUGAAAACAAUUACAAUGUUGAAAACAUACCAGGAGAAAAUAAGCAAGUAACUGGGAGGCCACUUGGCAAGAUACAAUGGGAAGUUCCAGAUCCAAUCUUCUAUGUUUGAUGAUGGUAUCCAGAACAGAAAGGAAUAACUUGUUUGGAGUUUCACUUGUAUUUCUGCUUAUCUAAGCAGCCAAGUUUAUCUUAUGGACAGAAUUUAAACUGUAUCUACUAGCCAUUCCUCUGGCAAAUUAGAUGUAAUCAAAAAGAUUUAUACUUGUUUGCCACAAGUGAAAAAUGGAUUACAGGGCUGGCUGGUUAGCUCAGUUGAGUUGGUUACAGUGUGGUGCUGAUAAGAUCAAGGUCCAGGGUUCAAUCCCUGUACUGGCCAGCCACCAGAAAAAAAAAUUAUAAAAUGCCCAUAUGUAUUUCCUUGAAUCUCUGUUGCCUCGAGUCCUAUUCUCCUGCCUCUCAGAUCAUAUUUAAGGAUAGUUUUAGUUCCUGAAAUCAGAAUGAUUAAAAUUCCAUUUCUUGCUUGCUC